AUGGCCAACUCUCUUCCUCACGUCCGCUGGGGCAUCCUAGGCACAGGAUGGAUCUCAACAAUGUUCCUAACUGAUCUCCUCAAAACCCGCCCCGACGCAAAAGCAAGCCACACAAUCACAGCCCUCGGAUCAUCAUCCCUCGAAAAGGGCAACAAAUUUGUCGAGAAGCUCUGGAAGGACGCUUCUCAGAAGCCUAAGCCUCAUGUUUAUGCAGACUACCAAGGCGUGUACGACGACCCUAAUGUCGAUGUUGUUUACGUCGGCACGCCGCAUAGUCUGCACAAGAAGAACUGCCUUGAUGCUAUUGCGGCGGGGAAGCAUGUUCUUUGUGAAAAGCCUUUUACUAUCAACGCCAAAGAAACGAAGGACAUUAUAGAUGCUGCUAAGCAGAAGGGUGUUUUUGUCAUGGAAGCUGCCUGGGUGAGGUUCACCCCCUUCUUCGAAGCCCUGCACGAGGAAAUCAUGGUCAAGAAAUCCAUCGGCGAAAUCCAACGCUUCUCUGUCGACUUUGGCAACUAUUUCGAUCUGUCGACCCUACCUGAUGAGCAUCGUCUCAAAGACCCCGCCCUCGGUGCAGGCGCUCUUCUCGACAUUGGCUUCUACACUCUCACCUUCGCCUCCAUCAUUCUCGGCGAUUGGAAAGUAGGCAAAGAGCACCCUAAGCCUACAAAGAUCCUGUCAUCCCUCGAUAUGGCCAACGGUAUCGAUGAGGCAAAUAUUAUCGUGCUUGAGUACCCCGCUGCCAAGGGUGUCAAGACAGGAGUCUGCACUUCAAGUUUCCGAUACAGAGGCCCAGAUGAGUUUGGUCGAAUCGAAGGCUCUAAUGGUAGUAUCACGCUGUUCGGCCCAGCAGUUAGUGUACCUGGUGGGUUCCAUGUCACACUAGGACAGCGCCCUGGUCCUCCUGAACAAGACAACAGAGAGACUCGAACAUUCAAGGUGGAGCGGCAUGAAGGGACACUGGGCUUCUACUGGGAAGCUGAUGCUGUAGCGCAGGAUAUCGCCAACGGCCACACUGAGAACGCUAUUGUUCCUCUCGGUGAGACGUUGAGGAUGAUGGAACUGAUGGAUGAAAUCCGCGCUGCAAACGACUUCAAGUAUCCUCAAGACGAUAACUAG